AUGCCCGUCGAAAUAGGGCGCAUCCUCCAGAGCGAUUCCCUGAAAAAGAUUAGUUGUCUGGGCAAUGUGGGCGACCAACUCUGCUUUGGCGACUGCGCAAAGGAAGGGAGUUACUCUCGCGACGUUAUUGAUGAGAAUCCACCGCCUAACGUAGCGUGCACAGAAGAGAAGGACGUGCGAGCCCCCGCGCGGCUGGCCACCCUCGGGGAUGACGCGGUAGGGCAAGGAGUGGGGGCAAUGGAGGAAGUGGUGGCAGAAGCGGUAGAAGCGGCAGAAGCGGCAGAAGCGGACGUGGGCGCAGCAGACGUGGGUGAAGACACUGGCGCACCGCCAGAAGCAGACGCCACCUACGCUGACGCUGACGCGGCCGUCGCUGCCGAGGGCGCGCUCCCCAUAGAGGAGCAGAGCACCAAGUCGUUCGACGGCUGCAGCGAGUUCUCGCUCGACGGCGUGAGUGAGGGCGUGCUGGACUACAUUAAGAAGACGUAUGACCGAAGGAGGAAGUGGAAGCUGAGGGGGAGGAGGAAGGGGCGGAGGAAAGCGGUAGAGAGGGGGGCGGCGGAGGAAGCGGCGGAGGAGGAGGUGGAGAAGGAUGUGGAGAAGGAAGAGGCGGAGAAGGAAGUACCAGAAAAGGAGGUGGAGAAGGAAAUGCCAGAAAAGGAGGUGCCAGAGAAGGAAGCGGUGGAGAAGGACGACGUGGGGAAAGACGCCGCUAACGAAGAGGCUCCCAAUGAAGAGGCCCCAAAACAGGGGGUUGCAAACGAAGGAGGUGCCAACGAAGGAGAUGCGAACAAAGUGGCCGCCAACGAAGUCCCCACCAACUCGGGAGAGGCCAACUACACGUACACGGUGCCAGACAAAGACGACUUAGAUGCGAUCGUCCGCAGCUCCAUCAAAACGUACAGCUGCGCCCUCAUGAAGAAAAUCCUCCUGCAGGGGAAAAUCUUUAUCACCCACGAUAGCGUCUACUUCAUGUCCCUCUUCGACUCCCUCUUCUCUAAAAUCUCCAUCGUGCGAAUUCCCUACGAGUCCAUAGAGGCCGUAAAGAAAAUCAGCGUCUUUAACUUCAUCCCCAAUGCGCUCAAAAUUGUAGCGAAGAACAAGUCGUUCGUGUUCACCUCCUUCGUGCACAGGGACCAUGCGUAUGACUUUAUCAUGGACAUGGUGCGAGACAACAGGCUGGCCAGCCAGAUCCCCAAGAAGGGCAUCGUGCUGUAUGGCGGCGGGGAGGAGGAAGCGGAGGAGGGGGAAGAAGAGGGAGAAGAGGAAGAAGAGGGAGAAGAGGAAGAAGAGGGAGAAGAGGAAGAAGAGGGAGAAGAGGAAGAUGAUGAAGAGGCGGAGACAGAAGAAGCCGGAGCGACGAAAGAGUCAACCCCGAAGAAGAAACGCCCCCCGCGGCGCGGCGAAGUCAAAAGUUCGAGGCAGCAUGACGAGUCCAUUUACAGCAUCACGCCCACGCAGCACGACCUGCUGAUGAACGACCAGCCCGGGCGGUCAAAGGGGUUAGCGGAGGGGCGAGCGGACGAAGGGGAGAACGCAGGAAGAGCCACCCCUCCACACACACAAAAAAAUAUCGUCGUAGAGACGAGAAGCCAAACUGUACAGCCAAACAUCACAGUGAAGGAGGAAGAACUGCUGAAGGAAAACCACUUCAUCAAAUGCAACCACCACACGGACAGUCUACACAUAAAUGAGGACUUCAAAAAGAUAUUCUACGACAUCUUCUCCCAGUUUGAUGAUCAGAACCCGUUUGUGAAAAAUGUUAAGGACAAGAAUCCGAACAAUUUAAGUUAUGAGCACUUGAGCAAUUUGAAGGAGGAGCUACAGAGCAAGGGACACCUUUCCUACGAAUCCGUUUACAACAUCGCCCUCUUUGAUGAUGACAAGAGAGUGUUUGGCAUGCCCGCACGAUCUGAUGUGAAGGAGCACUUAUCUUUUUUUUUUCUCCAAAAUGUUAUUAUCGUGCAGAAGGGCGUUGUUCUUCUGUGCAGCGUGCCGCUAGCCGGGUGCUUCCGCACGGUCAUCACGCUCACGCUGCACGGUGUGCUCCAGGGGGGGGAGCAGCCUCCAACGGGGCAGGCCUCCAACGUGGGGACCGCCAACAUGGGAACGGCCAACGUGGGGACCCCCUGCACACACAUCGACUUCGCCUACGACAUCGAAUUUGUAAAGCACACCUUUUUUAAAUACCAAAUAAAAAACAACGCCCUGCCUGAGCUGGAAAUCUCCGUCAACAAUCUGAAGAGGUACACACAGGAAGCGAUUGAACGUAGGUAUAAACAGGCCGACGCAACAAACAGGGAUAAUCACACGCAAACGGAGCACUACACCUUUGUAAAGGACUACGUCGAUAUGAUGGCCAUCGGUGAAGAGAAAAUUUUAAAAAAUGCCAACAGUACGGGGCCCGCGGAAACGGCUGCUCAGUCGAAGGACAGCGCUUCUUCAGCGGAGUUUAAUCCCCUCUCGCAGAGUGUGCGCCACAGACUGGUCGUCCGGAGCCUCCUGAUAUCCAUUCUCGCAAUCGUGAUGUACAAACUAAUUGAGCUAAUUUUCCAGUCGGGAAAAAUGCCUCAUUCCACAGUGGGAUAG